AUGAUGACAAAAAUAUGUCUUCUCUCGCCCCCUUCACCGUCCGAGGCUUCCGACCAUUCUUCAGACUUUAAUCUUGAUCCCGAACGAAAUUUCGAUCAACUGCCGAUGCCCUUUCGUCUCAUUGACAGCAUCCUACAAGAUCUCAUUUGUAGAGCAUGGGAUGCCAUCUGUGUGCAUAGAAGUAGACGCCCGCCCAACUCUGCCGUAUUAACAUUUAUGCAACACGAGAUGGGCGAAGCCGCAAAUGUCUGCUGCAUUUCAAAAGCCCGGCAAUGUCUUUUUUCAGCCAGCGGUUCAAACUUGAGCCUCUUUAGUUCAGUUGGCGAGAAACUUUUCACCGUUUCCUACCAGACAGGAGUAAUAACAAGUAUCCAGUGUAAUGACACAGCGUCGACUCACGUUGUGCCCCUUGUGGUGACAUUUUCCAGCGGGCAAUCUGAUUUGAUGCUCUGGACCGGACGCAAAGUCAUCCGCGUCCAACAACUACCCAUCGACGCCUCCAAGCAAUUUCUGCUUUCAUUUGCAUUUUCAGCCUGUGGAAACUACUUGUCAGCUGUUUAUGAGGGUAACUAA